AUACAAAUCAUAUUAGAAUAGUCAUCAAUGGCAGAGCCAGUUACAGAAACCGAGACUGAGCCCGAGGAGGAAUCUCCAAGGAAGAAGCUUAUCAAAAGAAUUCUACUAAUUAUAUUCCAUAUAUUAUUUAUAUCAUAUUUUAUUUGGUGCACUGUCGUGUUUAUUCGUUACGACAAGAAAUCAGAUAAUUGCAAAACGGCAGUUAAAGACUUGUCAAAAAGCUGGCAAUAUCGCGAUGAAAGCGAAGGCGAAAGCGUAAUCGUAAGCGAUAAGGAUAACGAAACGAUCGCGAAUAUAACAAAUUUCCAGCCCCACAUACUUUGUAAAAUUAAUUGGUGCACAGGCUUUGGCUUUCUCACUUUGAUAUUUACAAUUUUCUAUAUCUUUACUAUUUACUAUUUCCUUUUCAAGCCGUACAUUGGACAAAAGCUAUAUGACAACACCAUCGAACCCAUCAUCGACAAAUGGAUGGAGUUCAGUCGGCAAUUAGUGGUGUCAAUCGUGAUGCUGAUACUUGUUAUACUAUUUAUGGCCGCGGUGUUGGGGUUCGAGUCCAGGAAGGAGCCGGCUAAGUUAAUUGGUGUGAUAGGACCAAUACUAUUCAUACUUUUUGGAUUUGCCGUGUGUCCGUAUCGGAAAGAAAUACCAUGGCGGAUUGUUGUGACUGGGAUACUAGCUCAGUUCCUUCUAUGUCUCUUCUGUGUGCGUUGGUCCUUUGGAAGAUCUAUCUUUCAGUGUGCUGGGGAUAAAGUGGCAGUCUUUUUGGGGUUCACAUCACAUGGCGCGCGCUUUGUAUACGGCGAUCGAAUUUGCAAUGAAUUUGUCUUCGCGUUUGCCAUCUUGGCAGUCAUAUUCUUUUUCAGUGUGGUCACCUCGUGCCUUUAUUAUUUGGGUGUGAUGCAGUUCAUCCUGAACGUAUUCGGCUGGCUCCUACAGGCGCUGAUUGGAACGACAGUGUGUGAGAGCGUCAAUGCGGCCGGAAAUGUAUUCUUGGGCAUGACAGAGAGUCCGCUGAUCAUUCGGCCCUAUAUUGAACGUUUGACUAAGAGCGAACUACAUACGAUAUGUGUAUCUGGGUAUGCCACCGUGGCUGGCACUGUUCUGGGAGCCUAUAUAUCCUUUGGAGCGUCCCCAGCAUAUUUGAUAACUGCCAGCGUUAUGGCGGCACCUGCCUCCUUGGCCUUUGCUAAGCUAUUUUUACCCGAAAUUGAAGAGUCUCAGACCAAGGCAGACAAUAUUCAACUGGAAAAAUCAACAGACUCUUCCAUAUUGGACGCAGCUGCCAGUGGGGCUGCAAAUGGUGUUGCAAUUGUGCUCGGAAUUGUUUCGAAUAUAAUUGCCUUUAUAGCCAUCAUAGCGUUCUUCAACGCCGUCGUAGAGUGGUUGUUUCAAUUGGGUGGCAAAGAGGACGUCACCUUUCUGUGGCUCCUAAGCCAAGCGUUUAUACCCCUUGUCUUUGUCAUGGGUGUACCAUGGCAUGAUUGCGAAAAAGUUGCACUGGUCGUUGCAAAGAAAACGCUAAUAAACGAGUUCCUAGGCUACAUGGAUUUAGGCGCCAUGAUAAGGAACAACGAGAUUGGUGCACGCAGUGCUGGAAUUGCUACAUUUGCUCUUUGUGGAUUCGCCAAUCCUGGCUCAUUGGGCAUUAUGAUUGCUGGACUGAGUGCAAUGGCUCCCUCACGCCGGCCUGACAUAACUCGAGUUGCUGUACGCGCAUUUUUUGCUGGCAGUAUAGUGAGCUUCACAUCGGCUUCUUUUGCGGGCAUCCUAAUUCAACCCGACGAAUUGGAUGACAUAUCGAAUAAGUUAUUGGACGCUGUCGGAGUAAAUCGAGAGGAUGUGUCUGAUUAUUUUUUUAACGCCUAAUACUACAUAACACAUACAUAUACAUAUAUAAAUAUACUAAAAUUUACUCUUGCAAA